AAUCAGAGAGGAGGUGCCACCUAGCAGCUGCCAGAGGGAAAACACAGAGACAGCGAGGUAGAAAGAAGAAAGAAAGAUAGAGUUUGAAUUUGUAGAAGAAAAAAAUUUGCUCCUUGCCUUGUCUAUUUAACUCUACUUCCUUGCACCAGCUGGUCUUAUUAAGAUUAGUACAAAGAGAACUUUUCAAGGUGUCAAAGCACUUUUGAGGAUUUUUUAGAUUCUGGGUUGUCUGCCAAAAGUUUAGAAACUAAGAUUAUGACAGGAAAUCUGAAGAAUGAAUCGUGUUUCCUUAGCCAACAUGUUUCAAUUUUAUGAGUAACUAUUACCGUUCUACAAGAAAGUCAAAACUUUUUAUGAUUGUUAUCUGUGUUUACAAUUUCAAGAUAAGUUGAUUAUAGGAGUUGAUAUGAUAAGAUAGACUGCUAGUCAAUAAUUCCAAGAUAUGCUGAUAAGGACUUGAUACGAUGCAAUAUACUGAUGGUGCUAUGAUUUGUUCUGAUUUGGUAAUAGUCUAAAGAAUAAGGAACUUUAUUUUGAUGGCCAGAUGGGAUGAGAUUCUGUCCAUUCCUGUGCAGAAUCCUCCAACGUUGGAAUUUUCUGCUUCUGAUAUUGUAUGGUCAAAGGUUGGAGGCUGGCGCGACAAUUUAGAUAGACUUGCUCUUAUCCCUUUUGCUAGAGUCGAUGAUUUUGUAAGAGGCGAGCCUGCUAAUAAAGACUGUCCAACAAGAUUUCAUGUUGAAGCUAGAAGGCGUCGGCCUCCUCAGACAUCUUACAAGCAAAAGGUUGAUGGCAUCCUUGAGUACAUAUUAUAUUGGUGUUCUUUUGGCCCUGAUGAUCACCGGAAAGGUGGCAUAGUACGGCCCAGUAGAACUACUUAUGUUCCAAAAAAGAAAAAUGCUGGUAGACCAAAUACCAAGAGGGGGUACACCUGCCAUUUUAUUGUGAAACGUUUAAUUUCUGAACCAUCUGUAGCACUGAUCAUAUAUAAUCAGGACAAGCACGUGGAUAAAAAAGGGUUACCGUGCCAUGGCCCUCAGGAUAAGAAGGCUGAAGGAACACAUGCUAUGUUUGCCCCUUAUAUCUCAGAGGAUCUUCGGCUUCGUGUUUUAUCUUUAUUAUAUGUUGGGGUCUCUGUGGAGACCAUAAUGCAGAGACACAAUGAAUCAGUAGAGAGGCAGGGUGGUCCAUGUAAUCGUGAUGACCUGUUGACUCACAGGUAUGUGCGGAGGCAGGAAAAAAGCAUCCGCUGCUCUACAUUUGAACUGGACACUGAUGAUGCAGUUAGCAUUAACAUGUGGGUUGAAAGCCAUCUGAAUCAGGUAUUUUUCUUUGAGGAUUUUUCUGAUUCUGAGCCUUUCACUUUGGGAAUACAAACAGAGUGGCAGUUGCAACAAAUGAUUCGGUUUGGCAAUCGCAGUCUUGUGGCUUCUGAUUCAAGGUUUGGAACAAACAAAUUGAAGUAUCCUGUUCACAGUCUUGUUGUGUUCAACUCAGACAAUAAGGCCAUCCCUGUAGCUUGGAUAAUAACACCAAGAUUCGCUAAUGCUGAUGCACAUAGAAGGAUGAGGGCACUUUACAACAGAGUUCGUACUAAAGAUCCUUCGUGGAAGUUGGCUGGGUUUAUAGUGGAUCAUCCCUUGACAGACAUCCUCACAAUUAGGGAUGUGUUUCAGUGCUCUGUUUUGACAUCUUUUUGGCGAGUUCGCCAUGCUUGGCUUAAGAAUCGAAUAAAGCGGUGCAUGGAAACAGAGUUGCGUGUCCAGAUAUCGAAAUGGCUUGGACAGACAGUAUAUGAUAUUUGCAGAGGACAAGCAACUGUAGGUUUAUUUGAAGUUCUCAUGGAAGAUUUUCUUGAUGGCUCUAGCUUUAUGGAUUACUUCAAGGCAACCUGGUAUCCUAGAAUACGGAGUUGGACUACUGCAAUAAAAACUCUUCCACUGGCAAGCCAAGGGACAUGUGCAGCAAUGGAAUUUUACCACAACCAACUGAAAGUCAGGCUUUUGAAUGAGAAGAAACCUGGUGUUUAUCAGCGUGCUGAUUGGUUGGUUGAUAAGUUGGGUACAAAAGUGCAUUCUUACUUCUGGCUUGAUGAAUACUCAGAAAAGGAUGAUUUUGCAAGAUACUGGAAAGAUGAGUGGGUCAGUGGUUUAACAUCUUGGCGCAAAGCUUUGAAGAUUCCAGACUCUGAUGUUGUCAUGGAUGGUAGAUGUGCAAAAGUUACUGACCAGCUUUAUCGAGAUAGGGUUUAUGUUGUCUGGAACCCUGGUUCACAAUUUGCAAUUUGUGACUGCAGAUGGGCAGAAAUGGGCAACUUAUGUACCACUUGGAGAAAAGCUGUGAACUCACUUGAGCAGCUGGUGGUUCGGGGGACCAAUUCCUCAAAUCAAGAUAGAGAAUUGGUGAAUGAGAAUCAUCAUAUUGACAAAGAUAUGUCAUCUCCCAAUGAGAAUGAUUAUCAGGAAAGAGACAGACAUGGGCUUUCUCGUGGUAUUACAGGUGAUUUUGUUGAGGGUGUUAGAGAAGAAUCGGUUUAUGCUUAGAUGGAUAUUGACCCAUCGUCCAACUGCACUUCUCUUCCCAGAAUACGAUCUGUUGAUGAUGCAACUCAGAAACAAGCUUUGAACUCCCUUGAGCAGCAAAUAAGUGUGACAAACUCGUCAAAUCAAGAUAGAGAAUUAAUGAAUGCGCCAUCCCUCAACAGGAAAGAUUGUCAGGGCAGACAUGAGGCUUCUGGCAGUCACAGAGGUGAUAUCGUCAAUGCUAUUGAAGAGCAGGUUUGCUCAGAUGGAUAUUGACCUACCAACCGCCUGUAUCUCUCCACCUGGAUUACGUUGUGCUAAUGAAGUUGCAUCUGAUGAAAGCUUAGAAAAUGGAGACAGGAUUGUAAAUAAUGCAGGUUCUAGCACGAGUAAGAGUCCACCUUCAAUUGAUGUUUUGACUGAUCAAGGUAGACAUGAACACAAUAGUAUAAUGGAUGUGGAACCAUCAUCCAUCAAUAUCCCUCCAUCAGUGAAGGGGUCCAUGAAGCAAUGUGCAGUGACUAACCAAAAUAUUGCUUGCAACAAGGAUCCUAAGCCGUCAGUAAUUAGUAACACAGCAGAUGCAAGUACUGACAAGGCUUCUGACUCACAAAUGAUUGAUAGAAUUCAAACUUUGACGGGAACAACAGAUGAUGAAGUGAUGAAACCAAAAAGUGAGGGUGGAAGCACUAAGCAGGUCUGAGAGCCACCUCUGUGAUGACAAGCCAUUAGAUAGGGUUUGUGACAACAAAAUAAGUAAUUCAAAUCUUUGUCAUGAUGCUAAAGCAGUUGACAGCUUGAACUCAGAAUUGUUGCCGAGUUCCUCAUCAAUAGCAGGGUGCGCAUUGAAGAACAACCUUCUGGUAAGGUCGAAAUUGAAGGAGCUGGUUCUUGUAAGAAGCCAUCCUUGAGUGGUAAAUUGGUUUUUACUAGACGUACACAUCAAAAGUGUGUUGCAAAUGGAAAAAGUGAUAAUUAGAUUGGCACUACCAGCCAGUUGGUUACUGUAAAUGAUAUCAAUUUUGAGGGAACUGGCUCAGAUUGCUGGUGGCUUGGUGGAAAGUCCAGUCUCUGAUGAAGGAGGCCAUGAAGCUGCUUGUGUUGCAGCUGGUGAUGGCAAGCACUUGCUGGUCUGUGUUAUCAAUUUUCUCGCAUUUUUUUCCUUCGUAUUUGUACAUAUACUGAAAGGCAAUUCUUUGUGACAUUAUGAUAAUUUACCUGGUGAGAGAAUUUGAGAAACAACCUUCGAUUCA